AGUCAUUUAAGGUGAGCGUGUAUUAUUUGUUUAUUUUUUCGAAAAGUUUCUGUUUGUUGAAAUUCUCAUACAGAAAGGAAACUCGAAAGAAAAAUGCCUCUGACUGGUGGAGGAUUUUCAAAACACGUAAACAAGCUGUUCAACAAUCCGGAGCUUUCCGAUGUUGCGAUCUUGUUGGACAACGAUGAGGAGGACGACACUUUCGCGGAGACCAAGACGUUCCAUGGCCACCGCGUGAUUCUGGCCACCGUGUCGAACUACUUCCGCUCAAUGCUGUACGGCUCGUUUGUGGAGGCGACCAAGAAGGAGAUCCGCCUGCCGGGAGUUCCGUACUCGAUUUUCCUCAAAAUAAUGGAGGUCGUUUAUCUGGGCAAAACCGUCCCGUGUGCUAACAGGACGCUGGAAGAGGCCGUGGAGUUUUACUCUCUGGUCCAGAUGCUGCUGAUCAAUACUGAGAUGAAAUUUUUCUUUGAAUCAUGGAUGCAGGUUCAAAUGGAGAUGAAUGAGUCUUGGAGGAAAGAUCUUCUGAAGAUUUUCGCCUUGACGUUCGAAUGGGACAUGUCGCGCCUGCGGAAAAAAUGCUCCUCCGGAUUCGGAGUAACCGCGAACGAGUACGUUGAAAAUAGCUCGUUUGUGGACUUGCCAUUGGGAGCUGUCCAAAUGAUUUUGGACACUUCCAACAUUUGCUGCACUCGGGCCGAGCUGAAGCGAGCGAUCCAAGCCUGGAUCGAACACCACAAAGGAGAAAUCUCCACCGAUGUUGCUGCUGAGCUGAACAGGAAAGUUUACAGAUUCGGGGCGCUUUGCUACGAUUUCAAGGUGCUUUCAAUUUGCCAGAAAAAGGACACACACAAGCUGGUGGAUGUUCUAUCGCUUGGAGAGUGUUCGGAACCGACGGAAGCUUUGCUCGUGACUUCACACGAGUAUUUGUACAGAUCUGAAAUGAUCAUGCUCAAGUGCAUCGGCUUGCGAGGAGUCAAGAUCUGUUUGAGAGCGAACCCAAAGUUUGGCCCGCAGCACAGACGUAUCAAAUCGGAGCUUGGGGAGCGUUCUUUUAUUACUGUCAAUUUCAACGACUACCAGCGCAAUCUAACGGUUCGCUACGACUUCACCCAGCACGAGCAGCAGACGGUGACGAUCUUUUUCCGAGAAAUCGUUUGCUGUUCGGAAACCAAUGUGAUGUUCAACUUUAGCUGGGAAGGUUCUGGUGUGCAACCGUUGCUGCUAAAUUAUGGUCCUGCGAAAUGUAACAAGAAUAUCGAAACCGACUCCACGUUGGUGACGCACAUCAUCUACGAGAACCAAGACUACGAUACAGAUGGCCGAUGUCCGGAAUGUCCCAUUCCGGUUGAUGAUUACGACUCUUAUACUUCGUCGCCCUAUUACGGUGGCAACGGCAGUGAAAUGGAAACUGACCUGUCCGAGAACGACAGCGCUGAAGAUUAA